UCCUCUUGUCAGUUUCAUGUCAGAAUCUAGUUAAUAACUUGAUCAACAUGAAGGGGUCAAUUAAAUUACUUUUCAUUGUUUAUGCAUUCGUCGCUGAUGCAUUUUUAUUCGGUGGUUGUAAGUGUGGUUUAGCCUCGGGAUUAUUCACAGGAUGCGCGGAUGCAUAUAGUCAACAACAGUAUUAUUAUCCGCAUUAUCUUAAUCCAUAUUGUCAUCAACAAUAUUAUCAACAUGCUCCGUAUGCAGCUGCUAAUCCGCAACAACCUCAGGCUCCAGCAGCAGGAGCUGCUUUGGCAGCACCACAGACACAAGCUGCUAAUCCAGCAGGAGUUGCUUUGGCAGCACCACAGACUCAAGCUGCAAAUCCUGCAGCAGCACAACCUCCACUAUCUCCAUUAGCAUCAGGUUCUAAUGAAACACCAAAUCUUCCUGAAGCACCAGCCGAAAAUCCACCAGCAACUCCAGCACCAGAAGCCAGAAGUGGUUUUGAAUAUCCAUUUGCUGGAAGGUCCAGUUCAUAUCUUCCUCGACAAAAACAAAAGUUUCCCGAACGUAAUGCUAUUUUGUAUGGACAAACAUCAGCAUCAACAGGUUUAGGUUCAGGUUCAUCAUAUCCAAAAACAGACCUCUCUGGCAGAUCUGCUUUGCAACAACAACAGUUUUCCGAACGUAAUGCUGCUUUGUAUCCAACAGGAACAGCAAGAGAUCGUUCAGGUUAUGAUUCAUCAUAUCUAAAAACAGACCUCUCUGGCAGAUCUGCUUUGCCUCUACAAUCUGUACGUACCAGUUAUCAACUCCUAGAACGUCAUGCUCCAUCAUACCUCGAAACUGCCUCCAAUGGCAGAUCAAAUUUACGUACUGUUCUCUUAAAUCCCAGAGAACUUCAAGGCAAUGCCAGAUCUGCCUCUUGGCAACAAUUGGCUAAUUCUCCAGCCGCUCGAGCUGCAUUGAUUACAAUUUUACAAGAACCAGAAAUCGCGGGACAACAACUAUCAAGUCAACGUUCAUUUAAUCCUCAAAAUGCAAGAUCUCAGAUUAUUAACCCAACCAGCAGUGGAGUUCGUCUUUUGAGAACUUUAUUAACCAAUGUACCAUUGUCGCCAAAUCUCAACUAUGACAGUGAAAUAAAUUCAGGAUCACAAUAUUCGGUCAAGGCUGAUACACCAUACCCCGAAGAGUACCAAUAUUACGACAACAGGUUAUCGCCAAUCAGCUAUGACGAUUUGCCUGAAAAUGAGUUUGCUGAAGCUGAUGAAUACUAUAAUCCAUCAUUGACAAGUUGGGAUGAAAAAGUCGAUGGCUCUCCAGUAUUUUACCACGAUACCGAUGAAAACAAAUGGUAUUACUUAUAAAUAACUGAUUUCUCAUAAUGUACAAAAUGCACGGAUUUGACAACAUAAAGUAUGUUAUGAUAGACAACAUAACUAUUAUUUUAAACGAAUAAUUAAAUGUGUUUAAUGUGAAAUAAAAUUGAAAAAUGAA